AAUCUUUUUCCUUUCAUAAAAAACACAGACUGUUUCCUUUUCCCUCUCACUCGCGCGCUUCCUCCUCUGACGCCACAGGCAGAGGACAGCGCCGGGCCAUUCUGCUCAUCUCUCGCCCAAUUUUCUCUCUGAAAACCCUAAACGAAGCCCCGCUUUCUUCAGGUUUCUUUUACAUAUAAAAGAUGGUUAACAUUACUAAUGCCGGAGGGAAUAGCGAGGCCUCACCUUUGCCUCUGGGGCCACCAGUACCUCCUAAUAUGAAGCUAGAAAAAGCUGUGCCUCCCAAGUAUUCCAUAAUGAGUAGACGUGGUGUUGGAAGUAAAGGGAGACGCAUACCUUUGCUCACUAACCACUUUAAAGUAUCUGUUAAUGCUCCGGAUUUGAUUUUCUACCAAUAUAGUGUUUCAAUUAGUUAUGAAGAUAACAGACCUGUUGAAGGAAAGGGGAUUGGGCGGAAACUGAUGGAUCAGCUCUAUCAAACUUACUCUGCUGAACUUGCUAAUAGAAGGUUUGCGUAUGAUGGAGAAAAAACUCUUUUCUCCAUAGGUCCGCUGCCUCAAAACAAACUUGAGUUCACAGUGGUGCUUGAGGGAUCAUAUGCAAAACUAGAGACUGGAAGCUCUGGUGGCAAUGGGAGUCCAAAUGGGAUUGGGAAGAGGUCGAAGCGUAGUUUUCAGUUGAAGACUUUUAAGGUUGAGCUAAGUUUUGCUACAAAAAUUCCGAUGAAAUCCAUUUUUACUGCCCUAAAGGGAUCAGAGGUUGAUAAUGGUAGCACUCAGGAUGCAUUGAGAGUGCUUGACAUUAUCCUGAGGCAGCAAGCAGCAAACCGGGGAUGUCUUUUGGUAAGGCAGUCAUUCUUUCAUGAUGACUCAAGGAACUUUGUUGAUGUUGGAGGUGGGGUCACUGGGGUACGAGGAUUCCAUUCCAGCUUCCGAUUGGCACAGGAUGGAUUAUCUUUGAAUAUGGAUGUUUCUACCACAAUGAUCCUGAAACCUGGACCGGUGAUUGACUUCCUAAUAGCCAAUCAGAAUGUACGUGAACCACGUUAUAUUGAUUGGGCGAAGGCCAAAAGAAUGUUGAAAAAUUUGAGGGUCAAGGCAAGACAUCGGAACAUGGAAUUUAAAAUCAUUGGUUUAAGUGAAAAGCCUUGUAACCAACAAUUCUUUUCCAUGAAACUGAAGAAUAACAGCAGUACAGACGAACAGAUGGUUGAUAUUACUGUGCAUGAGUAUUUUGUUAGACAUUGCGGCAUCGAAUUGACUUAUUCUGCUUAUCUGCCCUGUCUAGAUGUUGGGAAACCUAAACGGCCGAAUUAUUUGCCCUUAGAGUUGUGUUCUCUUGUUUCACUUCAACGGUACACAAAAGCUUUGUCUUCAAUACAAAGAGCAUCAUUGGUAGAGAAAUCAAGGCAGAAGCCUCAGGAAAAAAUAAGAAUUGUCACCGAUGCUUUGAAAAAUUAUCGAUAUGAUGAGGAUCCAGUGCUAGCUCAAUGUGUGCUAAAGAUAGAUAAACAACUGACACAGCUUGAAGGACGUGUACUUGAAUCUCCAAAGUUGAAGGUUGGUAAAAGUGAUGAUUGUAUCCCUCGUAAUGGACGAUGGAACUUUAAUAACAAGACACUUCUGAACCCCACUCGCAUUGACCGCUGGGUUGUGGUCAAUUUCUCUGCACGCUGUGAUACUAGCUUCAUAUCACGUGAACUUAUCAAUUGUGGAAGAAAUAAAGGCAUUCAUAUUGAAAGACCAUGUACAUUGAUCGAGGAAGACCAGCAUUCUAGAAGGGCCAGCCCUGUUGAUAGGGUCGAGAAUAUGUUCGAACAGAUUAUAACAAAGCUGCCUGACAAACCACCAUCUUUUAUUCUUUGUGUUCUCCCAGAAAAGAAAAAUUCAAAUAUUUAUGGACCUUGGAAGAAGAAGUGUCUAUGUGACUUUGGGAUCGCUACACAGUGCAUUUCUCCAACUAAAAUUAAUGAUCAGUAUAUUACUAAUGUACUUCUUAAGAUUAACUCUAAGCUCGGUGGUAUAAACUCAUUGUUGGCUAUAGAGCAUGCAUCUUGUGUUCCAUUGAUCAAAGAUACUCCAACGUUGAUCUUGGGAAUGGAUGUCUCCCAUGGGUCUCCUGGACGAUCAGAUGUUCCAUCAAUUGCUGCAGUUGUUGGAUCCAGAUCCUGGCCUUUAAUAUCACGGUACAGAGCAGCAGUAAGGACCCAGUCGCCUAAGGUGGAAAUGAUUGAUGGAUUAUUUAAGCCUCUGGAAGGUGACCAGGAUGAUGGUAUCAUUAGGGAAUUGCUUUUGGAUUUCUAUAGUACUAGCAAUGGGCGCAAGCCAACUCAGAUCAUUUUAUUUAGAGACGGUGUUAGUGAAUCCCAAUUUAAUCAAGUUUUGAACAUUGAGUUGGAUCAAAUAGUCAAGGCUUAUCAACAUCUUGGUGAGGCUAAUGUUCCCAAGUUCACAGUUAUUGUGGGGCAAAAAAAUCACCAUACAAAGUUUUUUCAAGCUGGUGCCCCUGAAAAUGUUCCACCUGGAACGGUUGUUGACACCAAAGUUGUACAUCCAAGAAAUUAUGACUUCUACAUGUGUGCUCAUGCAGGAAUGAUCGGCACAUCAAGGCCGGCACACUAUCAUGUCUUGGUCGAUGAAAUCGGUUUUUCUCCUGAUGAUCUUCAAAAUCUUAUUCAUUCGCUAUCAUAUGUGUAUCAAAGGAGCACAACUGCACUCUCAAUCGUUGCACCAAUAUGUUAUGCGCACCUUGCUGCGUCGCAGAUGAGCCAGUUUAUUAAGUUUGAGGAUCUAUCAGAAACCUCUUCAGAACGAGGAACCGUUACCUCCGCAGGAAGUCUUUCGAUUCCAGAGCUUCCACGGUUGGACAAAAAAGUUGCUGGUUCUAUGUUUUUCUGCUGAGGCGGUGUUUAUUCUCAACUUCAGGUACAUAUGGCUUAUUUUUUAGUAGCCUAGGAUAUUUUGUGUAGACACAGCAGCAAAUCAGGAGCAAAUAUAUAUAGGAAACCAACUUAGAAGCUGGUAGCACGAUGAGAUAGAGAUAGGUCAAUAGAGAAACGUAUAUAGCAGUAAUCUUCCAAAUCUGAAUUUUGUGGACAAGAUGCUCACUGACGUUGCUGGGUAGCAUUCUUGUCCCGUUAGAUUAGUCACAUAGAUUAUUAUCUUAAUUUUGACUAUAAUAGCACACUUGUUUUCCUGGGUAGGCCUAUUUUUUGAGUUGACUUGUGUAUUUGAGAACCCGCUCUGCUACUUACAAUCCUAAUUUUACUUCUUUUUAAAGCAAUUUUCUGCUAGAAUUCAUAAGUUGCA